UGGAUCAGACUAUUUGAUGUAGAUCGAUUCUUCAUCAUCCCGGCCCGGUGCUCUAUCUUUCUCGCAAUCUACAUUUCUACUUCGUCAUCUAAAUUAGGUCGUUGGUUUUGGUCCCAACUUUUGACCUAAAGGUAGUUGUAUUUUGAAGGGAUUAAGCAUCGAUUCGGUGAUUUUUCAGUCGCAGACAGAACUCUGGAAAGAUGAGAUUAUUGGUGCUAUUUGUAGGUGUGUUCGUGUCGCUCUGCACCACUGUUCAAGCAGGUACACCCUCUCCAAAUACUACUGAACCUCCUGAUGAUAUAGAUGCACCGUCGGUUGCACCGUCUCAGAUCCUAGGCAUUGUAGGCACCGAUGUGGAAUUCCACUGUAUGGCAACCGUUGAAGAAGGCAGUGAAAUCUCCUGGAAGAAAGACGAUGCCGCGGGCAAUGAAUUGUUUGAAAUCAAUGCAAAUACCCCCGGGUUUGAGGUAGCCACUGUACCAAGUGAGAACGACACCAUCCACAAUAUACUGAGGAUCUUGGACAUAAAGGUGGCCUCUGAAGGACACUAUCAAUGCGACUAUGGAACUGGCCGGUCAACUGGUAUCUUGGAAGUGACUUAUGAGGGUGUUGUGGAAAUCAACGGCAGUCGUGUGAUCGACGGAGAGACCGAUAAGAAGUUCACUUGCUUAGUGAAGGGAGACCCUUCAUAUAACGUCACCUGGAAGAAGGGAACCACCGAGCUCCCUUCCAAAACUCUGCCUCAGAUUGAAAUUGAGGGUUCUACCAUGACCAUCAAGGCGGCUAACGUAAAAAAAGAUCGCGGUCCUUAUUAUUGCUCUGCUUUCUAUGAAGGCAAAGAGGUUUCCGGUAAUAUUACUGUUGGGGGUGUAUUGAGACUGAAGGCUCCUAACUCCAUCAAGUUCACUGAAGGUGAACGUGCUCGCUUUGAGUGCAUUGCCAUUCUUGACAAGGAGGAUCCAAACCCCGAGUUCUCUUGGAAGAUCGACAAUGUGCCUGUCGUCAGCGACGUUGAGGAAGGGGGCCGCUUUGAGAUCAGGAAAUCCAAGUGGGAUAUCGGCUCCGUGCUCCAUAUGACCAACGUGGUCUUUAACGACACUGGCAACUACACAUGCACAGCAGUGAGCAGUGUGACAACAGUCCAGCAUACCAUACAGUUGAGGGUGAGAGAUCGUCUAGCUGCCCUGUGGCCCUUCAUUGGUAUAAUGAGUGAAGUCAUCCUUCUCAUUAUCAUCAUCUUCAUCCAUGAGAAGUGCACUCAAGGAGACGACAUCGGUGAAGAAGAUGAAGAGGACGAAGCUGCUGAACCGAUCAAAGAGAAGGAGAAGAUAAGUCUUGAUGGCGAAGGAGACAUGCGCAUGAGGAGUAGCAAACCCUGACUCAUCAAAAGGGCGUGGUCAACGAAGCAGACUUGCGCACAGCAGAUACAUCCUCAAUAAAGCAGACUUUGGUAAACCAGUAUCAUAAUACCAACCAAUAAAUCACCCCUUGAAAUUCUAGCGGCGGGUUUAGUUCCAUAUAGGGGGUUAAUAUCACCAGAAAUUUUCUCUGUAAACCUUACCAAAAUGUGAAGAAAAAAAACCUGUUAAAUUUAACACAGUUUUCGUAUUAUUCUAGAUAUCUCAAUGAUCAUGAUGUAAUUGCUUACCCACAUCAACAAUUGUCCCCAAAAGUAAGAUAAUCAGAUUUACAGUAGAGCUUUUAUCUGUGGUUACGGAGAUUGUUCAUGUAUUGUCAUCCUCAAAACUGAAAAGACUAAAAAAAAAUACUCACUAUAAAACACCAAAUUGCAACCCCUGUGCUUUUUUGCAACAUAAAUUCGAAAAUUUGAAUGAAAUCUUGUCCUGAAGGCCACAUUUGGUACUUAUACUUGCAACUCUCUCUAGAAUAUUUUCGAAAGAAGAUUUUAUUCCCACGAACCAAAUCAUUUGCCUUUCAUUUGUGGAUCAGUCAUGUUUAAAAGGGAAAAAACGAAUGUUGGAAAAAGGAACAUACAUGUACAUGUAUGCUGUAUUUAUGAACACUUUUUGAAAAUGGUCAAUUCUUACAUGUGAAAAUGCAAUAAUCUGAAAAUUAAUGAGACGUGCAAACGAUUAAAAGGUCAUCCGAUGUUAAGCUUUGCCCCUUCCCAAUGUAUUUUAUACAUGUUAUAGGGGCAAAACUCAAUAUUGAGGUUCCAUAUUAUAUGUAACAGGUUAUCGCUCAUUAUCAGUAUUAACACAUAACAUGUCGAGAUUCAGGUUUUUUUUUUAUAAAUAUUCCAUUGGAGCACAUGGCAGAGCUGUUGCCUACAUGUAUUUUAAAUUUAUCGCACGAUAUCCAUAUAAUCCACCAUCCGGAAAUAUGGCAAAGGUCACAAUUCAGGAGUCGAACAAAUAUCCAUUUACAUGCAAAGAUAGUGAACCGUGA